AUGAAGCCCUCCCUCCUUACCCUUGUUGGUCUUCUGGCUACCUCUGUGGCUGCUAACCCCGUUCCUGCCAGCGGUGGUGCUGUUCUUGCACCCAGGGGCAACGGAGCCAACAACAAUAAUGUUGCCAACGCUGCGAAGGGCAAGAAAAAUGGCAAGAAGAAUGGGAACAACGGCGCCUCUGGAGGUGCGGCAAAGAACGGAACUGCCAAUGCCGGCGGUGCUACUGCUGGCGGUGCCGCUGCUGGUGGCACCGCUGCUGGUGGUGCUGGUCCUGGUGGUGCUGGUGCAAAGGCUGGCAACACUUCCGCUCUCGUCUUGCCUGAUGGACGUAUCAAGGCAGAUGCGACACCCGAGAACUUCAAUGUCCUCGAGAGUGUGUUCAAGAGUGCUGUUAUCAAGGGCAAUGGUCUUGUGUUCAGCGACAUCAUUACUUUCCCCGAAGGCCAGGCCUCACUUUUCGACAAAGCCACCAACACCAAGGCUUUCGCCAUCAACAUUGACGACAAGUCUGUCUUCGUCCCCAAGGGUGGUGAAGCUCAGUCGAACAUUCGUCGUGCCGAUCUGCUCCCCAGCAUCAGAUCUCAGCUCAAUGACGUGGCUGUCACUGGUGUUCGCACUAUGCACUUCUCUAUCCAGCGUGAUGCCGCCAAGCCACUCAACGCAUCCCACGACUAUCAGGUCUUCAACCUUGAGUCCAAGGAUUUCUCCUUCCAUCAAAUUGAUGUCCGCACUGGAGCCGACAACGGCAACGAGAUUGCAGUCUUUGGUAACUCCAAGACCACUCCGCCUGCAAAGAUCUUCUCAACUCCGUUCGGCGAGGGACAAUUUGAGAACUUUGCGAUCAAGAUGGACUUCACUGCCAACACCGUCCAGGUGUUCCACAGCACCGCUAAUGAGCCCUUGAAGCAGGUCACUGAGCCUGUCGCCAAUGCUCUCGACGGCCUUGGUGAAUACCACUUCUCUCUUCAGAAGAACCCCGUUGGAACCGGAACCCAGCCCACUGGCGUUAAGGAGGCAGUUAUCUUUGGCGGCAUCUUCAUGGAGGACUCUACCUCCGGGACGGUUACCCUCCAGUAG